UACUUAAACUUCUUGCACCCUAUGAUGGCAGUCAUUGGGGGAGGUGGGAGGCGGGAUUGCAACCAACUAUAAUUGGCAAAGAAAAUCUUGCAACGGCUGGAAAAGGUCAUUGAAGGAGUUGGCUGCAAAAAUAUAAUCUAAAAAGAGUGGCAGGCAUGCGCAGUGCGAGGAUGCCAUAUUGGAAUGAGUCUGUAGUAAGUGAGAGAGAGAGAGAGACGGAUCGCCUCUUCUGAACUGAGCUGAAGGGUCUUUGCCAUUUUAGACACUGGGGGGGAAAAACUUCACCCAGGACAUUUUUGUUACAUGAUGAAUUAGGAAAGGAAGAAAUCUUACUGUGAGCAAUGGAAACUAGGAUGUCUUUGAUUUCCGCCACGCAAGAGACUCAACAUCUAUCCCAGGAAAAGGGUCAGAGUCCAGCCAAUGGGAACAGAGAACAGUUUGAUUCAGAUGAAGGUUCUAGCAUCGAGGAGACCGACUUCAACUGGGAUGAAUACUUGGAAGAAACGGGAGCAAGCGCUGCUCCUCACACCUCGUUCAGACACGUUGAAAUCAGCCUUCAGAGCAGUUUCCAACCAGGGAUGAAGUUAGAAGUGGCCAACAAGAACAAUCCGGACACCUAUUGGGUGGCUACGAUCAUUACAACGUGUGGGCAGCUCUUGUUGCUACGUUACUGUGGCUAUGGAGAUGAUCGCAGGGCAGAUUUCUGGUGCGAUGUGAUGACCGCUGACCUUCAUCCAGUGGGCUGGUGUACGCAGAACAGCAAGGUGCUGAUGCCUCCAGAUGCAAUCAAAGAGAAGUACACCGACUGGACGGCGUUUCUUAUACACGAUCUGACAGGCUCCCGAACGGCACCUGCAAAUUUACUGGAAGGCCCUCUGCGAGGAAAAAACCCUGUAGACCUCAUUACAGUUGAUUCCUUAAUAGAGCUGCAGGAUUCCCAGAACCCUUUUCAGUACUGGAUAGUUAGUGUGGUUGAAAAUGUUGGAGGAAGAUUACGCCUUCGCUAUGUGGGAUUGGAGGAGACUGAAUCCUAUGACCAGUGGUUGUUUUACUUGGAUUGCAGACUUCGACCAGUCGGUUGGUGUCAAGAGAAUAAAUACAGAAUGGACCCACCUGCAGAAAUCUAUUCUCUGAAGAAUAUAUCUGAGUGGAAAUGCGCUCUGGAAAAAUCCCUUAAUGAUGCAGCAAAGUUUCCUCUUCCAAUGGAAGUAUUCAAGGAUCAUGCUGAUUUGAGGAGCCACUUCUUCACAGUGGGGAUGAAGCUGGAGGUGGUGGGCAUGAGGGAACCCUUUAAUAUCUGUCCUGCAUCAGUGACUAAGGUUUUUAACAAUCAUUAUUUACAAGUGACCAUUGAUGACCUGAGACCCGAACCCAGCAAAAUCUCAAUGCUCUGCCAUGCUGAUUCCUUAGGGAUCUUACCAGUACAAUGGUGCCUUAAAAACGGAGUCAAUCUCACACCUCCCAAGGGUUACUCUGGCCAGGACUUUGACUGGGCAGAUUAUCAGAAGCAAUGUGGAGCAGAGGCAGCUCCUCACUUUUGCUUUAGAAACACAUCCUUCAGCCGGGGCUUUACUAAGAAUAUGAAGCUGGAGGCUGUGAACCCCAGGAACCCUGCUGAAAUAUGCGUUGCUUCUAUCACCUCAGUUAAAGGAAGGUUAAUGUGGCUUCACCUGGAAGGUUUACAGACGCCUGCUCCGGAGUAUAUAGUUGAUGUAGAGUCGAUGGACAUUUUCCCAGUUGGCUGGUGUGAAGCAAAUGCUUACAACCUCACGCCGCCCCACAAAGCAGUUUUGCGAAAGAAGAGGAAGAUUGCAGUGGUGCAACCAGAAAAGCACAGGUUGCCAUCCGCAGUGCCUGUUGAGAAAAUACCUCAUGACCUUUGCCCAGUCCCUCAGCCAGACACAACAGGUACCGUCAAUGGGCGAUACUGCUGCCCCCAGCUCUUCAUCAAUCAUCGCUGCUUCUCAGGUCCAUAUUUAAACAAAGGGAGAAUAGCAGAGCUACCUCAGUCUGUUGGGCCUGGCAAGUGUGUGCUAGUGCUUAAAGAGGUUCUUAGCAUGGUAAUCAACGCAGCUUACAAACCAGGCAGCGUUCUCCGAGAACUGCAGCUAGUUGAAGACCCGCACUGGAAUUUUCAGGAGGAAACACUCAAGGCAAAAUACAGAGGGAAAACGUACAGGGCAACAGUCAAGAUUGUGCGAACGUCUGAUCAAGUGGCAGAUUUCUGCAGAAGAGUCUGUGCAAAAUUGGAGUGCUGUCCAAAUUUGUUUAGCCCUGUGCUGGUCGCCGAAGUCUGCCCUGAGAACUGCUCCGUUCAUACCAAAACGAAAUACACCUAUUAUUAUGGGAAGAGGAAAAAAAUCAUUAAGCCUCCAAUUGGGGAAAAUAACAACAUGAAAAGUGGACACAUCAAACCAGCAAGACGCAGAAAGAGGCGGAAAUCCAUUUUUGUGCAGAAGAAAAGGAGGUCGUCAGCUGUCGAUUUUAACGCUGUGGGAUCUGCAGAGGAAAGCGAAGAGGAGGAGCCAGAUGCUAUGGAAGAUGAGACAGGGAGCGAAGAAACAAGCUCAGAGCUACGUGAUGACCAGACUGACACCUCCUCUGCUGAGGUACCUUCAGCCCGACCAAGAAGAUCAGUGACAUUACGGAGCACCACGGAGUCAGACAGACCCGCUCCCAUCGAGAGAGCUAGAAGGGGACGCAAAACACAGUGUCUCUCGUACCCUGAAGGAGAGAAGUGCACUCAAGUCAAGGAAGAAAUAAAGCAAGAAGAGGAAGAGAAACUCAUCCUCGACAGCAAUCCAUUGGAGUGGACAGUGACUGACGUUGUGAGGUUUAUUAAAUUGACAGACUGCGCUCCCCUAGCCAAAAUAUUUCAGGAACAGGACAUUGACGGCCAAGCACUCCUGCUACUGACGCUCCCAACAGUGCAAGAAUGCAUGGAGCUGAAACUUGGCCCAGCCAUCAAGUUGUGUCACCAGAUCGAGCGAGUAAAAGUUGCUUUCUAUGCACAAUACGCCAACUGACUCUACUGCUCCUUGCAUUUCCUUCUCCUCUCUCUUUUUUUUUAUUUUUAACGUUACAAUUCACUUGGGUUUUUCCUCAAAACACGUGGAAUUGGAAGCUCGGAGACACCUCCUGUUAAAAAAACAAACAAAAAUCCAAGUGGAAUGAAUCUUUCCGUAUUUGUAAAGCACAUUGAAGUAUUGCUGCCGUCUCUUCUUGUGAAACUCUCCAAGAGUGUUAUAUUGUGGGGGAGCAAGGCCAUAAUAUAGCAGAAGGUUUUAUCUUUUUUUUUAAAAAAGAACAAGCUUUCCUACAAACGGCAAACACAUUCCAUAGGGAAAAUGUUCAAGCAUUUAUCGCUGAUUGUGGUGUCUUGAGGUCAAUUGCUGGACAUAAACGAUCCCUUCGGUGAUUCCAAAACACUUCUUUCAUAUUGAAAUGUGAGUGAUCGUUGUUCAAGUGACCCAUGGCUUCCUGCAACUUUGAUCUUAAUGAUUGAUGUGUUUUUUUUUCUUUUCAGUCUUACAAAGAAAGAGAUAUAACAGUGAUGCAAUAAGGAACAUAUUAUCAAAUGAUUUUUAAAUGGGAAAUCCAAACCAUGCUCUCUGUUGUAUUAGUCAUAAAUACAAUGAUCUAAAAGGCGUGCAUAGUACCCAGGAACUCUUCCCAAGCCCAAUAUAGCUAUGUACAGUAAACGGAUUGUCUCUGUG